AUGCACAGCGAGGAGCGGCGCUUCAAGUGUCCAGAGUGCAGCCAGCAGUUUGCCCACAAGAAUGAGUUGAGCGGCCACAUGCUGGUGCACUGCGCUGAGCGGAACUACAAGUGCCAGGAGUGCAGCAAGCGCUUCAACUGCAACUCCAAGCUGAAGCGCCACAUGCUGGUGCACACCGGUGAGCGGCACUUCAAGUGUGAGGUGUGCGACAAGCGCUUCACGUGCAACUCCAAGCUCAAGCGACACAUGCUGGUGCACAGCGGAGAGAAGAACUUCAAGUGCGACGAGUGUGACAAGUCCUUCAACUGCAACUCAAAGCUCAAGAGACAUGUGUUUGUGCACGCCAACGCCACCACCGCUGCCACUGGUCGGCCCCGCGACAAGCAGGUGUGCGACGGCGGCUCCUUUGGCCCGGACUGCUCCUUCAUCAUGCCAGACGCGGUGAACGAGGUGUUUGUGAUGCCCGGGGCUGUGGCCAACCACCAGGUGUUUGUCAAGGAGGAGGCACUGGAGGACUGUGUCUUUGUCAACAAGAUACACUUCCAGUGACUCGCGGCCGUCCCUCCCCUCGCACUGUGCCGGCCGGCCCCACUAUUUAUUCCAUGCCAGUGACACUCCACCACACCGCAGCCUGUGUGCUCCCCGGUGUGGCCGCCUCAGCCUCACUGCUCCCCACAGGCCGCACUUUAAAGCACCACAGUGUUGAGGGCAGGCUUGGUGGUGCCAGUCAUCAUUCUACAGUGACUUGGUGUUGAAGGGUGUUGUGAUUCCAGCAAUACUUCAACACCCACCAGUGAAAGGGAUGACAGUUUUCAGCGCAAGUUUGGCGAUUUUAGUGAUAAUCUUGACCACGAGGAGAAAUGACAGUUUUCAAGGAUGUUUUCACGAUUGUAGCAACAGUUUGACUCCUGUGCAGAGUAUUAAGUUUUCAAGUGGGUGUCUGUGAUUCUUGUGAUGAUUUAAGUUUUCAAAGGUGUUCCUCAUGACUGCAGUAACAGUUUGACAGGCUCCAGUGGAAUGAUCAAGUUUUCAAGGGUGUUCGUGAUUAAUUUAAAGAGAGGUUACUAUAUUUCAAGAGUGUAUCCAUGAUUCUACCAGUAAUUGAAGACCAGGAUAAAUUAAUAGGUUCUCAAAGGGUGUUUUUAAUCAUUCUAUUAAUCUUAAGAGGCUGUAAAAGAACCUGCCACAUUUUGAUAAACAUUUUAAUGAUUCCCAUGAAAGUUGAACAAGUUUUCUACCUCACGGGAAGAAAAUAUAAAAAAACAAACAAAAAAAAAACACUCGCAAACCUGGCUUACCUUCCCUGCAGCCCUGGAAAGCAGAGAGAGAGAGAGAGAGAGAGAGAGAGAGAGAAGCUGGUGAUUGAAAACAGAGAGAAAGCUUGAAUGAAUAACAAAAAAGCAUAUCUAACAAAUGAGCAUUUUUCAUUUAGUGCAAAAAAAGAGAUUGGUGAAGAAUAGAAAGAGAGAAGCUUAAACUAACAACCUUUUCCGAUAGUGGUGAUUGAAAACAGACAGCUUGAAUGAAAAGAGAAAAAUAAGCUUAAUCAACAAGUCCUCUUCCAUUCAGUGCAAAAAAUAAAUGGAGAACUGGAGUGGAUUAAAAAAUGUAGAACGGAAUGGCAAUAAAAGCUUACUUAAUGAGCUUUUCUUUAGUGCAAAGGAGAGCUUGGCGAUUGAAAAAACUGAGAAAGCUUGAAUGAAAAAGAGAAAAUAAGCUUAAUUGUAGAUGCUUGAAUGGAAUGGCAAAAAAAGCUUAAGCGACAAGUUUUAAUUUAGAGCAAUGGAGAGUUCUUGGCAAUUGAAAAAUAGAGAAAGCUUGAAUGAAAAAGAGAAAAAUAAGCUUAAUUGUAGAUGCUUGAAUGGAAUGGCAAAAAAAGCUUAAGUGACGAGUUUUAACUUAGUGCAAAGGAUAGGUUGGUGAUUGAAAAAGCAGAAAGCUUGAAUGAAAAAGAGAGAAAUAAGCUUAAUUGUAGAUGCUGGAAUGGAGUCUCAGAAAAAGUUUACCUAAUGAGUUUUUAUUUGGAGCAAAUGAGAGGUUGGCAAUUGAAAUACAGAGAAAGCUUGAAUGAAAAGAAGAAUAAGCUUAAUUGUAGAUGUUGGAAUGGAGUGGCAAAAAAAGCUUACCUGACAAUUUUUAUUUAGUGCUAAGGAGAACUUGGUGAUUGAAAAACAGAAAAAUAAGCAUAAUUGUAGAUGCUUGAAUGGAAUGGCAAAAAAAAGCUUAAGUGAUGAGUUUUUAUUGAGAGCAAAGGAAAGUUCUUGGCAAUUGAAAUAGAGAAAGCUUGAAUGAAGAGAGAAAUAAGCUUAAUUGUAGAUGCUGGAAUGGAGUGGCAAAUAAAGCUUACCUGAUGAGUUUUCAUUUAGAGCAAAGAAGAGUGCUUGGUGAUUGAAAAUCAGAGAAAGCUUGAAUGAAAAGAGAAAUAAGCUUAAUUGUAGAUGCUGGAAUAGUGAAAAAGCUUACCUGACAAGUUUUUAUUUAGUGCAAAGGAGAAACAGAGAAAGCUUGAAUGAAAAAGAGAAAUAAGCUUAAUUGUAGAUGCUGGAAUGGAAUGGCAAAAAAAGCUUACCUAAUGAGUUUUUAUUUAGUGCAAAGGAGAGUGCUUGGUGAUUGAAAAACAGAGAAAGCUUGAAUGAAAAAGAGAGAAAUAAGCUUAAUUGUAGAUGCUGGAAUGGAAAAGAACUUACCUGUCAAGUUUUUAUUUAGAGGAAAAGGCAAGAUUAGUGAUUGAAAACUUUUGAUACUGAAAUGAAGUCAAUGUAAAAAUGAACGACUUAUUUAGACGACAACUCUGUUUAGUGAAGAAGGGAAGAGAUUGGGGAGAAAUAAUUAAACUAACACAUAAACACUGCAGCAAAUACUUAAGUUUCUCUCAAUGGCUGUCUGGCGCCCUCCCCAUAAAAAAAAAAAAAAAAUAAGAGAAAGGAACGCAUCGCUGUUUAGUGCAAAAGGGAAAAGAUUAGUAAGAAAACCGCUGAACAUGGCAGCAAAUACUUAGUGAUCUUGUGGCUGCCUGGCACUCUCCCCGUAAAGAAAGAAGAAAGUGGAGAUAAGAGGAAUAAGGAAAUGAAAACCUUAUCAAGUAUUUAGUGCAGAAGGGAAACAAUUAGUGGGGGAAUAACACAUGAACACUGCAGCACUCAAGUUACUCAGUGUUCUACCUUGUGCUUUCCCCAUAAAGAAAAAAAAAAUGAAGAUGAACAAGGAAAUGAAAACACAGUGUUAUUGGGUGAAAAAGGGAAGAGAUUGAGGAGAAAAAAAUAGUAAAUGAACACUUGAGCAAAUAUUUAAGUGACUCCGAUGGCUGUCUGACACUCUCCAUAAAGAAAACGAAAGUAAAAAAUAGAAGAACGAGGAAAUUUAAGCUCUCCUUCAACUAACACACCUCUUAUUUAGUGCAAAAGAGAAGAGAUUGGGGAGAAUUUGCAUGAACACUUGAGCAAAUAUAUAAGUGACUCCGAUGGCUGUCUGACACUCUCCAUAAAGAAAACAAAAAUAAAAAUAGAGGAAGAAGGAAAUUUAAGCUCUCCUUCAACUAAUACAUCUCUUAUUUAGUGCAACAAGGAGUAGAUUGAGGAGAAAUAACACAUGAACACUGCAGCAAAGACUUAAAUUUACCCUUGUGUUCUGCCUGGUGCUCUCCUUAUUAAGAAAGUGAAAAAUAGAGGAGGAAGGAAACGAAAUGUCUUGAAGUAUCUUGAAAUAUGUACUCUAUCUAAUAAAUUGCCGUGAUAAGUCCAGGUGUGAGGCUGAAUGAAAAACAAAGGAAGAAGGAAAUUAAACUCCCCCCUUGAAGUACUUUGAAAUACGUACUCAACCCCUUAAAUUGCUGUAAAAAAUGUCAAGUGGCGCCCAACUGCUCUCCCAAAAUUAAAAAUAAGAGGAAAAAGGAAAUAAAAACCCUCCUUAAAGAACCUUAAAAUAUGUACUGUACCCCACAAAUUGCUUUAAAAAAUGUCGUAGUGCCCGAAACACUCGUAAAGUGCAAAGGAACAAUGAAAUUAACCCCCCCCCCUUGAAGAACCUAGAAAUAUGUACUAUACCCCACAAAUUGCUGUAAAAAUGUCAAGUGGUGCCCCAAAUGGUCUCGUAAAGUGCAAAGGUACAAGGAAUUUAAGCCACGCCCUUGAAGAACCUUGACACACUUACCCGAGCCCAGAAAAUCCCAUAGAAAAGCCAAAUUUAUAUAAAAAAUGCAAAGGUGACACAAGACAGUAAGGGAAGCUGCCAGGGGUCACCAGGUCUGUACGUGACAUUACCUGUUGUGAACGAGAGGUGAACGGUGGUGCCGAAACAUAUGAGUGACCUGACCUGACCUGACCUAGUAAUGGCAAAUGAAAAAAAAUAAACGCUAAUUGACUUUCGUGAUGCAAAAUGAAAGAAAUAAACAAAACAGUCUGGGUAUUCAUUAAAAGCAUACCACUGCAGUAUACCUGAGUGUAAAUAUACAUACAUACAUACAUACACUAUAUUACUACUACUACUACUACUGUAAGUGAUGCUUUGAAGUAACUUGAAGUGUACUCCUGUGUAUUACUGCAAUGUCCAACUCAAGACAUCAAUGUAGUGUGUGUUACAAUGCCAUGUUAACUAUUUAAGAGGGGUGUGUGUAUGUGUGUGUGUGUGUGUGUGUGUGUGUGUGUGUGUGUGUGUGUGUGUGUGUGUGUGUGUGUCUGUGUGGCCAUUGGGUGUCUCUCAGUAUAGUGCUGCUGCUGCUGCUGCCACUACCCUGGCAAUACAGUAAUACAGUGUUGCAAUCUGGA